AUGGCCUUCGAUGACCUCCUGAAGCAGCUGGGGGGCGUCGGCCGCUUCCAGCAGAUCCAAGCCUUCCUGGUGAUCCUCCCCCUGCUCCUGUUAGCCUCCCAGAACACCCUACAGAACUUCACCGCCGCCAUCCCCGCCCACCACUGCCGCCCACCGGCCAACGCCAGCCUCGGCAAGGGUGGGGAGCUGGAGGCCUGGCUGCCCCGGGACGGGCAGGGGCAGCCCGCGUCCUGCCUCCGCUUCACCUCCCCGCAAAGUGGGCCACGCUUUCCCAAUGGCUCAGAGGCCAACGGCACAGCGGCCACAGAGCCCUGCAUCGAUGGCUGGAUCUACGACAACAGCACCUUCCCUUCCACCAUCGUGACUGAGUGGGACCUCGUGUGCUCUCACAGGGCCUUACGCCAGCUGGCUCAGUCCUUGUACAUGGUAGGGGUGCUUCUCGGAGCCAUGGUGUUCGGGUACCUGGCAGACAGGCUGGGCCGCCGGAAGGUGCUGAUUUUGAAUCACCUGCAGACAGCAGUGUCAGCAACCUGUGCAGCCUUUGCUCCCAACUUCCCCGUCUACUGUGUCUUCCGGCUCCUCUCGGGCAUGUCGCUGGCCGGCUCCACCAUCAACACCGUGACCCUGAAUAUGGAGUGGAUGCCCAUCCACACACGGGCUUUCGUUACCACCCUGAAUGGCUAUUUCUACAGCAUUGGACAGUUUCUCCUGGCCGGCCUGGCCUAUGCUGUGCCUCACUGGCGCCACCUGCAGCUGCUAGUCUCGGUGCCUUUCUUCGCCGCCUUCUUCAGCUCCUGGUUCUUCAUGGAGUCAGCCCGCUGGUACGCCACCUCCGGGAGGCUGGACCUCACCCUGAAGACCCUGCAGAGAGUGGCCCGGAUCAACGGAAAGCAGGAAGAGGGGGCCAAGCUGAGCCUGGAGGUCCUCCAGUGCAGUCUGCAGAAGGAGAUGGCCAUGGGCAAAGCGCAGGCCUCGGCCACGGAGCUGCUGCGCUGCCCCACCUUGCGCCGCCUCUUCCUCUGCGUCUCCAUGCUGUGGUUUGCCACUAGCUUUGCCUACUACGGGCUGGUCAUGGACCUGCAAGGCUUCGGGGUCAGCAUCUACCUCAUCCAGGUCAUUUUCGGAGCUGUGGACCUGCCUGCCAAGUUGGUGUGCUUCCUGGUCAUCAAUUCCCUGGGCCGCCGGCCUGCCCAGGUGGCCUCCCUGCUCCUGGCCGGCAUCUGCAUCCUGGUCAAUGGGGUGGUACCCCAGGAUCAGUCCAUUGUCCGAACCUCCCUCGCUGUGCUGGGGAAGGGCUGCCUGGCGUCCUCCUUCACCUGCGUCUUUCUGUACACUGGGGAGCUGUACCCCACCAUGAUGCGACAGAUGGGCCUGGGAAUGGGCAGCACCAUGGCCCGGGUGGGCAGCAUCAUGAGCCCGCUGGUGAGCAUGACGGCCGAGCUCUACGGCCCCAUGCCUCUUUUUAUCUUCGGCAUCGUCCCCGUGGCUGCCAGCGCUGUCGUCGCCUUCCUGCCGGAGACCCUGGGCCAUCCACUGCCGGACACCGUGCAAGACGUGGAAAACAGGAGGAGAGGGAAGCCCCAGCGACAGCAGCGAGAGCAACAGAAGCAGAUGGUCCCACUUCAGCUCUCGGCACAAGAGAAGACAGGACCCUGAGCACUGAGAAUGGGCCUCC